AGUUAUAGCCCAAUAGUUCAAAAAUUGGGCCGGCCCAUGCUCAGUCCAUGAUCAGCAGAAUGAACGUAGCCCUAAUUUCUGUUUGGACAAAAGCAUCAAAUCUUUCCUUCUCAAGGGUCCUGCGUUUCGGUCGAUCUGUUUAAGAUACCCCGGUCACUGCACGAGAGCGUUCGACUUCUCAUCACACAAAAGCAUUCAAUCGCCCCUUUCUCCAAACGUUGCGUCUUGGUCGAUCUCUCAGUUCAAGAAAUGGUACGGCCUUAUACCAUAAAAGGGCACAAGCGAAAGAGAAGGGAAGAGAACUAUGAUAAAGAGGAAGUAAAACAAUUGUUAGAAGAGGAGACAGCAGCAACAGCCACACAGGAUGAGAAUAAGGCAGAAGAAAUCACACAUGAACUUCCUGGUAUCCCACUUGUCCCAUUCAAAUCGAACAACAAGACUGGGGUUACGUUCAUUCUUGAGAGGGCUUGUUUAGAAGUUGCAAAAGUUGGAAAGAGUUAUCAGCUACUGAGCUCAGAGGAUCAUGCAAAUUUCCUGAGGAAAAAUAACAAAAACCCUGCUGAUUACAGGCCUGACAUUCUGCAUCAGGCUCUCCUAACUAUUUUAGACAGCCCACUUAAUAAGGCUGGGAGGCUACGAGCUGUGUAUGUAAGAACCGAGAAAGGUGUGCUUUUUGAAGUUAAGCCACAUGUUCGCAUUCCAAGGACAUACAAGCGGUUCUCUGGGAUCAUGUUGCAGCUGCUACAGAAACUGAGUAUUACUGCUGUUGGUAAGCGGGAGAAGCUUUUACGUGUCAUCAAGAACCCAGUUACUCAAUAUUUACCCGUCAACUCUCGAAAAAUAGGUUUCUCAUAUAGUUCAGAAAAGUCAACUCCAAUACGGGACUAUGUGGCUGCUGUUAGCGAUGAUGUGGACCUUGUUUUUGUGGUUGGUGCAAUGGCCCAUGGGAAAAUUAGUAAUGAUUAUACAGAUGAUUUCAUAGCAAUUUCUGGCUAUCCAUUGAGUGCUUCAUGGUGUACUUAUUUGAUCUGCGGGGCCUUGAUGCAGAAGUGGAAUAUAUUUUAGGUCUCAUCAUUUUGCUUUUAGUUAAAGCUCAAGAUCAGAACAUGAUGUUUUCAUUUCCAGUAGUACAUGUAAACCCAGGUGCAAUGCUUGCAUUUAGAAUUUUUAGCUUUUUAUUUUAUUUUAUUCAGGGAAUGUAUGGAUGCUGUCACGUUUUUCAAAAAAGAAAAAGAAAAAGAAAAUUGAAGCA